AUGUAAUCUCUUAUUCUAACGGAGCCUUGUUGAUAUCUUAUUCUAGUCGUGAAACUCACCAUAAUUCAAGUAUAUCCUAGUAGUACUCCACAUAUUAAAUCCAAAUUGCCUAUAAAUUAAAUAGCCAAAACUAUUAAAUUUCCUCUAAGUAAUCUAAUAAUUUUUGCAAGGACUUUGCUUAUUCAAUAUCAAAUACGUAUACAAAAAAUAUCAUAUGAAAACAACAUAUAAAAAAAACAUCAUAUAAAAUUUAACACGGCAAGAUGUUUUGUGAAUGGAAUAUGCUUCUUGUAAUAGCUGUUUCUCUCUAUAUAUAAUGACCAACUAGUCACACUUACCCCACACAACAUUCAAUCUCUUCUUGUCUAAAGAACACUCAAUAAUGGGGAACGGGUCAUCUUCUUCUAACCAGAUAAAGCUUCUUCCCAUUGACACCACAUUUAAGCUUCCAUCUAACAUACCAACUUGGCCACAAGGUGGUGGAUUUGGUAGUGGAAUCAUUGAUCUAGGAGGAUUAAAAGUAUCACAAAUCUCAACAUUCAACAAAAUUUGGACAACCUUAGAAGGUGGACAAGAUGACUUAGGAGCAAGUUUCUUUGAGCCAACAGGAAUACCUCAAGGGUUUUUCCCAUUAGGCCAUUAUAGUCAACCUAACAACAAACCUCUCUUUGGUUGGGUUCUAGUAGCAAAAGAUGAGUCCAAUGGAGCUUUAAAGAAUCCAAUUGAUUAUACACUUGUUUGGACUAGCAAGUCACAAAAAAUCAAACAAGAUAAAGAUGAUGGUUACAUUUGGUUACCAAUUGCACCAAAUGGUUAUAGCCCUUUAGGUCAUAUUGUCACAACCACUCCUGAAAAACCUUCACUUGAUAGAAUCCAAUGUGUUAGAUCAGAUUUCACAGACCAAUGUGAGAUUAAUUCAUGGAUUUGGGGAAAAGAUAAAAAAAUUGAUGAAAAAGGUUUCAAUGUUCAUUAUGUGAGACCAAUCAAUAGAGGUAUUCAAGCACCUAGUGUUCUUGUUGGAACUUUUUUAGCACAUGUUGGUGAAAUUACAAAUAGCCCUUUACCAAUUUCUUGUUUGAAAAAUUUAAACUUUUCAAAAUUUUCAUCAAUGCCUAAUUUAACCCAAAUUAAGGCACUAGCACAAGCUUAUUCACCAUUCAUGUACUUGCACCCUAAGGAAAAGUUUCAACCAUGUUCAACUAAAUGGUAUUUUACAAAUGGAGCAUUGCUUUAUAAAAAGGGGGAAGAAUCAAAUCCAAUUGCAAUUGACCCAUUAGGCUCAAAUCUUCCUCAAGGUGGAAAUAAUGAUGGUGCUUAUUGGUUGGACCUUCCAAAAGAUAAAGAUAAUAGAGAAAGAGUCAAAAAAGGUGAUUUCAAAAAUUUUCAAGCUUAUUUUCAUGUAAAACCAAUGUUUGGUGGAACAUUUACUGAUUUGGCCAUGUGGGUUUUUUACCCUUUUAAUGGGCCAGGAACAUUAAAAGUUGGGCUUGUAGAUAACAUUUCACUUGGUAAGAUAGGUGAACAUAUUGGUGAUUGGGAACAUGUGACUUUAAGGAUAAGUAAUUUUAAUGGAGAGUUAAAAAGGGUUUAUUUUUCACAACAUAGUAAUGGUCAAUGGGUUGAUUCUUCAGAAGUUGAGUUUCAAAGUGGAAAUAAGCCAGUGGCUUAUUCUUCAUUAAAUGGUCAUGCUAUCUAUCCAAAAGAAGGACUUGUUCUUCAAGGUGUUAGUGAAAUUGGAAUAAAGAAUGAAACUAAGAAAAGUGAUUUGGUUGUUGAUUUUGGAGUUGAUUUUGAAAUUGUUUCUGGGGAGUAUUUGGGGAGUGAAAUUGUUGAGCCAGGUUGGUUGAACUUUUUUAGGGAAUGGGGUCCUAAAAUUACUUAUGAUUUGGGUGAAGAAUUGAGUAAAUUGGAUAAGGUGAUUCCUGGUUUGAAAUUGCCUAAUGAAUUGUUGGGUGAGGAAGGGCCCACUGGGCCAAAGCAGAAGAGAAAUUGGAUCGGUGAUGAAAUUUGAAAUAAAUUGGUGUCGUGUGCGACACAUGUUUUAAAUUGCAAUUGUAUUUGUAUCAUAAUAUUUUGUUGACAAUGCGUUUACAUUUAGCGUUCUGAAUCGGUUGUAGAGGUCUCUAAAAUUUGAGAUCAUAGUGUAACAAGUGGCAUUAUUGAUACCAACCAAUUGAAAAACAAAAACUUUAGGUUGUUGUAUUAUUUAAUAUUAUAUUUGUGAUGAAUAUUAUUCAUAUUAUUUUCUGAUUGAUAUUGAAACAAGUGUUAGUACUAUAUUGA